AUGCUUAUUCAAAUUUCAAGUCAAGAUACGCUUAGAUACACUCCAGACGCGGAUGCCAUUCUAUCGCUUAUUCAGAUUUCAGAUUCAGAUACAGUACGUAUACACUCCAGAUAUGGAAGUCAUUCUAUUACCCAUUCAGAUUACUCAUACAGACAUAGCUUGGAUACGCUCCAAGACACGGACGCCAUUCUAUUGCUCAUACAGAUUCGGUCUCCAGAUAUAGUUAAGAUACGUUCCAGACGCGGAUACCAUUCUGAUACUCAUUCUUUUGACUUACAACCUACAGUUCAACAAACAUUCUUGGAUGGCAUCUAUAAUCCCAUCUCCAACAAGAUUCUAUCACCUCUCCAAAUGGCAUCUUUAAGCCCAUUCCCUCAACUAUAA